UUCCAUAUAUAGGGGAAAUUCUCAGAAUUGUUGUAGAGUCUCCACGUGAGUCAUUCAUGAAUCAUCCAUCUAAAUAUAGCGGUGGUGCAAUAUUUGAAAUUGAAUUUUAGUAGAGAAUAGAAGCAAUAAAAGUCAAUUUACAAAUAUACAAUGGACAGCGAAAGUAGCAGAAGCACGAGCCCAGAAAUGGAAGGAGCGAUUGGAGGUGGGAUUACGGAGAGUGUCAGUACUGUAAAGGAGAGUACAGAGUCAGAGACUGGAAUUGACAGGUUGUUGCAAAAACAGAAAAGUGAAAGAAUGUUUGAAUUGCGACAAAUUCAACAUGGCGAACGUCCAGUCACAGGUAAAGACUCGCGUCAACAAUUGGAUGAUUUCUUUGGCCGCACCCAGGAGGGAGCUGCUGGCCCCACCCCCGAAGAGAGCCGACCAGAGUCUGUGACUAUUGAAGUACAGGGUUUGGUGCAACGAAGACGCGUUUCAUCAAUGUUACAAAGUAUCAACUUCAGACGUCGACUGGAGAACACCAUAAGGGGAAACAUAUCACAUCUUCGAAGCCAGUUUCGCCCAGUACAAUCUGCCACAUCUGACAGAUCUUCAGCUCCUCCUUUAAACAAUGAGUCAAUCAGUGAUAGUCGCUCAAGUUUGGCUAGCAUUCAAACAAACAGUUCAACGACUUCAACUGAAUCUGCCCAAGGUGCUACAGCGGCACCUAGACCAAGACAAAGUGCAACCUUAUCAGGAAGAGCUUCUCUGCUACAACAAAUUCGUUCAAGGCACAGCCAGAUUGAACCUUCGGGUAGUGAUUCAGAUGAGGAUAGAACAGAGCACAUCCAACAACACAUCCAGAACAACCACCAGAAUACACAGCACAACCAGCACAAUGUACAGCACAACCAACACUUUAUACCUCCAGCUCCUCCUAUGCCACAAGAGCAAUUACCAGAGUGGCCAGGCUGGCACAAUGUGGAGCAGAAUCACCAUGAGGACCUUGUUAUGGAGAUUAGCGAGUUGGUUCAACAACAACUUGUUAACUCAGCUCUUCAAAGUGAAUUCAGAACUGUCCUAGAGACCAGAAUGCAGAAUCAUUUAGCAAACACGGGGGCUGAUGGAGAGCGUGUUGCAGAAUUUGUCAACUCCAUACAGCCAACCCAACCAAUCCAGCGCAAUGACUUCAGCCAUCUUGGAAUUCAAGCUCCAGGGGCCCAGGGAGAUUUUGAUGAUGUUAGUGUGAUCAGCGCCACUGCAACAGCCGCAAUACCUUAUUACCAGACAAACGCAGCCGUAACCAGGGAGAUGCAGAUGAUGAAGAGGCAGAUGGAGGAGAUGAAGAAUAUGAUGAAGAUGAGCUUUAAUCUCCAAAUGGACAUCCAGAGGUCCAUUCGACAAGAAGUUGCAGCAGCCCUAGCUCAAGUCACAGGUGGCAGUGGUGUGCAAGAACCAGUACGUGCUACUCGGCCAGUUAGAGACUCUCACUGCAUAAUCUGUCUGGAGGCCCAUGCAGAUUGUGUUCUAUACCAAUGUGGACAUAUGUGUUUGUGCUAUAGUUGUGGGCAAACAUUAAAAAAUCAGGACGCAAAAUGUCCAGUUUGCAGGGCACCAAUCAAGGAUAUUAUUAGAGCUUACAAGUGCAAUAUGGAUUGAGAUUAAGGAUUGUGAUAUUAAAGCUUGAUUGUGUUGUUGUGUUAUGAUUGUGACACUAUGGCAAUAUGGAUUUUGUUAUUUUAGAAUGGAUUGUGAGAUUCAUGUUGUAAAGUUUGGACACUGGACAGUUUAUGUGGAAUGUCACUCACUGUACUGUGACAUUCAGGAUGGAUCUGAUUGAAAGAAAUGAAGAAAUUUUGCUGGUCAAAAUUUAAAAUAUUAUCUACGUUGCUAUGUGUUUUGCAUAACAUGGAACAAAAUAUGCAAAUACUUAAUGCAGAUAGUCAUGUAUUUAGAGUAACAUAAUGCUGUAUAAUCUACAAUUGUAUGAGAAAAUAUAUUUUAUUACUUUGAAACAUUUUUUGAUGAAGUUAAAUUGGUCGAUGAGUUAAUUAGUUUUAUAUUGUUAUUUACAG